CUUUUGGGAGCCCCGAUUUCUCGGGUUUUUCCUUCCCGCCGCUUCCUUCUCGCCGCCUCCUUCCCGCCGUCGCUUCGCCGGACGCCAUGAUGCAGCCGCCGGCGGUGGCGCCGGGCACCGUGGAGAUCGCCGGGGGCCCGAAGCUCAGCCGCUCCGAAGCGCGGCGGCUCCGGGAGGAGGAGGAAGCUGCCAAAGCGAGGUCUGUGGCUGAAGCCUGGAGGCUGGGCGGCAGAGCCAAGGUGCCUGACGGAGCUGUCGAGGAAGAGGACCCUAAGAAGAAGGAGGAACGCGAGCGCUCACGCAGCCGAGAGAAGAAGGAGACCUUGGACCGGCUCGCCAAGACCGCAGCUGAGAAGGCGGCCCUGGCUGUGAAGAAAGCGGAAGAAGGCGAGGAAGGUGAAGGCGAGGGCGAGGCUAAGGAGGUGAAGAAGAUCAACAAGGCGGAAGAAGCAAAGCAGCUCCUAGCCAAAGAGAAGGAGAAGGCGAGAUUGAAGAAGCAGGCCAUGGUCGAAGCCAGGAAGGAAGAGGAGAUGAAGAAGAAGAUGGCAGUUUUGGAGAAGGACCUGAACAAAUCGGACAGGGCAAAGUACAAGCGAUACUGAGCGCAUAGAGGUUGGCGAUCUUACCCGCUUGGUUUCCUUCUCUUUUCUCUCUGGUGAUCCGUUCUUUUUCACCACGGGCGAUGCGCUGCGACCCUGGUUUCCUUCUA